AAGUGAGGGAGAAGCUGCCAGCCCUGGCUUUGGGACCAGCAGCACCUUCCCGGCUCUGCUGAGAGGCCUCAGCGUGGGCUGGCGCCAGAAACACACUCGUCCCAGCAGCCCCGAGUCACCUCUGUGCUCGCGCUGGGCUCCGCCGCGGGUCCUUCUCGGGGCUUCCCGGAAAGGAGAAGGUGCGCAGGAGCCGGGCCAGCCCCGCACGGAGCCCCGCCGCCGUGGGCCGGAUGGGCGGCGCGGCGGGGGCCGGGGCCGGGGACCCCCAGGGCGGCUGAGCCGGUCCAUGGCCGCGGCCGCAGCCGCCUUCGCGUGGGCCUCCUUCCCCGCCAUGCCCACGCGGCGUGUCUACUGCAGCGCCGCGCACCGCGACGGGCAGCUCUUCGUGCUGGGCGGCUGCGGUGGCAGUGGGCGCGCCUUGGGGGCCGCCGAGGUGCUCGACCUCCCCAGCCAGCGCUGGACCACGCUCCCGCCGCUGCCCACGCCGCGGGCCGGUGCCGCUGCCCUCGCCAUGGGCAAGCAGAUCCUGGUGGUGGGCGGCGUGGACGCCGCGCAGAGCCCCCUCGCCUCCGUUGAGGUCUACAACGUGGACGAGGGCAAGUGGGAGAAGAAGGCGGCCCUGGCACAGCCGUCCAUGGGCAUCUCCGCCGUGCAGAGAGACGGCGCCGUCUACGCGCUGGGCGGGAUGGGCGCGGAUACGGCCCCGCAAGCGCUGGUCCGGGUGUACGAGCCGGCGAAGGACCACUGGCAGCCGCUGCCCUCCAUGCCCACCCCCUGCUAUGGGGCCUUCGCCUUCCUGCAGGGCAACAAGAUCUUCGUCUUGGGGGGCCGGCAGGGCAAGCUGCCCGUCACCGCCUUCGAGGCCUUCGACCUGGAGACGCGGAGCUGGACGCGCUACCCCAGCGUGCCCAGCCGCCGCGCCUUCGCCGCCUGCGCCAUGGCCGACGGCGUCGUCUUCAGCCUGGGGGGGCUGCAGCAGCCGGGGCCCCACAACUUCUACUCCCGCCCCCACUUCGUCAACACCGUGGAGAUGUUCGACCCCGCGCAGGGUGCCUGGAGCAAGCCGAGCCGCGCCGUGCGCAUGAGGGAGAAGAGAGCCGACUUCGUGGCCGGCUGCCUCGGAGGAAGAGUGGUGGCCGUGGGUGGCCUCGGCAACCAGUCGUGCCCGCUGGACUCGGCGGAAGGCUUCAGCCUCUCGCGGAAGAAGUGGGAGCCGCUGCCGCCCAUGCCCACGGGCCGCUGCUCCUGCUCCAGCUGCCCGGCGCCCGGCCUCCUCUUCGUCAUCGGCGGCGUGGCCCAGGGCCCCAGCGGCGCCGUGGAGGCGCUGUGUCUGCGCGAGGCGCCCUGAGCGGCGCCCGGGGGCCGGCCCCAGCGGAGCACCAAGUGCCUCAAGUCGGGGACAGGGUGGGCGCCCGCCCGCGCGAGCUCCCUCGCUCAUGGGAGCCGCCGCGCCGCGGGGAGCCGCGGCGGCAGGCCCGGCACCGGCCGUGCCGCGGUGCCGGCACGCCGGGGGAGGCGGCGCGGCCGUGCCCUGUGUGUAGCAGUGCGUGCUGUGUCGUCGUAGACCCAGUCGAUGUCUCAUGUAGCGCAGAGGUGCCCUGUAGCUCAGUGCCUAGGAGGUGACGUAGCGCCUCGAAUAAACGACACGCGUGGAGUUUUA